AUGGCAACAGCUAAAAUACCAAUCCGUACAAAAGGUCAGACAACCUGUGUUCAUCACAAGGGGAGACAACUGGAAUUCUAUUGUGAAAAAUGUCAAGAACUGACAUGUUUAAAAUGCCUUUCCUCUAUUCACAAAAGCCAUCCGGUUUGUGAGCUCAGUGAAAUCACUCCUCAGAAGAAACAAGACAUUAAAAACUUUAUUGACAGAACAGAACAAAAUGACCAGGUACAAAUUGGUAAAUACAUCACCUCUACUGAAACACUCCUCAAUGACAAUGACAGCACAUUUGAGAAACUGUCACAUCAGUUGAGGAUGCAAACAGACAAAUUAAAACAAGACCUUGACAUGCUCACAGCUGAGACACUCUCUCUUUAUCAGAAAAUGAAAGAGGACAAUUCAAAGCUGAUACAGAAAUACAAACAGGACCUGGAGAUGUACGACAAACAACUCAAACAACAAAUACAGGAAUGUAAGACAGCACUUCAGCAGGGUUCUGACUUAAACAUUUACGAUACAAGAUGUGAAAUAGAUUCUCAAAUACAUUUCCCUGUAAAACCUGUCCUGGGUAAUGUCAGCUUCACUCCAAACAAAAAUCCUCAAGGUCACCUAAAGCUUGCUUUAGGGAAAGUUAUCAUCUCAGGUCAAGGUCAAACAUCAACUGACCAGGAUCGGUCAGUCUCAACAUCAGAUGGUCAGGGACAGUCCUCUACACAACAACAAUCAGGAGAUAAAGGGAAGAAAGCAGUGACAAGGUAUAAACUACUGUCAGAGACCAAGGUGGUGGAGGAGUGGGAAGUCUCCAUGUUACAUUAG